AUGAGUGAUAAACCACGUUUAUCCGUACCAUUAUCAACUGGUUUAAAAGGAGUUGCUGCCAUUUCUAAAUUUAAAGGACUAAUUAAUCAUUCAACAAGUUUAAGUUCUUUAUCAAAUCUCGAUGAAGUUAAAGAUGAACGAAUAGCAAUUCAAAAUUUAUUACGAAUAGAAGAUCUUGAAACGUUACGUUUAGAAGGAUUUGCAGGGAAUCAAGUUCUUAAUAAAGAACAAUUUAUUGAAUUUUUACGUGAAAAAAUACCUCGUGGAAGUGUGAAAGAUUAUGAUGAAUUAUUUGAAAGUGUAGAUGUAACUAAAGAAGGUUACAUUUCAUGGGAUAAAUUAGCUGAAUAUACAAUGUUAAAAUUAGCUGAUAAUGAUGAUCGACAAAAAGCAACAUCAAUACCAAAUUGGAAAGGUGGAAAAAGUUUAAUAAAUGCUCAUCGAGAUUCUAUUAAACGUAUUCUACAUAUGGAUAGUUUUGGUCGAUAUGUAUCAAUGAGUAAAGAAGGAACAGUUUGUAUUUAUAAUGAUGAAUUACAAUUAUAUAAAACAUUUAAAACCACAACAGAAAGUUGCAAAUUACGUGAUUUAUGGGUAACUGAUUUUGUAUUUAUGCCCAAUAAUAAUAAAAUUGCUAUUUCUUAUACAUCAAAAGAAAUAAUAAUAUAUGAUAUGACAUCAAAACUUGAAUUGAAUUUAUCUUAUCGAAUUGUUGGUAUGAUUUCUACACCCUAUUGUUUGGAUUAUUGGUCAGAUACAGAAAACCCAAAUGAUGCGAUAUUGAGUUGGGGAGAUGUUCAAGGCAAUGUUCAUGCUAUUUUUUUCAAUUCAGCACUAAUUGCAUUAAUUGAACGACCAGCACAACAAACAAAUGAUGCCGAAUAUACUAAAGUUCGAUUAGAAGAUAUAGCUAAUGGAAAUUAUAAAAAUGCAUCUUAUUUAACAUACAAUGCACAUACAGAAUGGACCCGAAAAGUUAAAUAUGCUGAUCAACUCGAAUGUUUUAUAUCAUGUUCAACAAGUACUGGCAGAGCAUUAGCUUUUGGUUGGAUGGAAAAAGCUGGAUCAACAGUUCGAAAUAAUGAUAUUGUUCGUGAUCGAAGUAAUUAUUCAAUUCGUAAUAGAAAAUUACGUGAACAAAUAAGUACAGUUUCAAUUGAUCAAGGUGUUAAUUCAUUUGAUUAUUCACAACAUUUUAAAUUAAUUGCAACUGCUGGUGCAAAUAAUGAAGUUCGUUUAUGGAAUCCAUUUGUUUUAUCUAAACCUAAUGGAAUUCUUCGUGGACAUAUGCGUUCUGUUCUUUUUGUUCAAUUUAUUCAUAGUCGUGCUCAAAUAUUAAGUUUUUCGAAAGAUAAAAUAUUACGUAUAUGGGAUGUACAAUUACAAAUAUGUCUUCAACGUAUAUCAAAUGUAUUUCCUCGUGGACCUGAAGGUAAAAUUAAAAGAAAAAGGGUUUUAUUUAAUUAUCUUGAAUAA